AUGGUGACUCGGGUAAAAUAUAGGCAAUUUGUCUCCUUAUUGGUGGUUUUGCUGUCUACGUGGGACGUUCUCUUUGCUGGCAAUAGUGUUGUAAAAACUCGGGAAAGCGUCGGACUUGAAAUAAAAUGCGAAGAAGCUGAAGUGAGAAUAGCCGUAAAGCGAGAGUUUUUUGAGGAGAAGCGUAUUCCGUUCAAACCUGAGUAUCUUCGACUUGGAGCAAACUCGACACAGCAGAGGUCCUGCGGUGCGAAGGGGCCGGUGUCUGACUCAGAAAUGGUCAUCUCUGCAGGGCUGCAGGACUGUGGGACUGAGGCCAGGGUCCAUGGGGAAUGGCUUGUGUAUUCCAACCAACUAGUACUAUUUCCUGCUGUGGUUCCCACCCCCACUGGCAGCGUGAUAAUUAGAGGGGUACCCACUGUCAUACCUGUGGAGUGCCAUUAUAGGAGAAAGCAGACUGUGACUGGAGAACCAUUAACCCCAACAUGGCUACCAAUGACAUCCACCAUCAGUGCCUCUGGUCUUCUGCACUUCUCCCUUCGUACCAUGGCAGAUGACUGUACCUCUCCACGUAGUUCCUCAGUGUAUCAGCAGGGGGAAGCAGUGUUUCUGGAGGCCAGCGUGGAGGCCCCGCGACACCCUCCUCUCACUCUGUAUGUGGACUACUGUGUUGUUACGCUGAAGCCUGACCCCCUCUCCCUGCCAAGUUACAAGUUUAUCACCAAGCAUGGAUGUCUUAUGGACAGUGUAUUGCCGGGUUCUUCGUCUAAAUUCCUCCCUAGGGAGCAAAAUAACAGACUAUGCUUCAGUGUUCAAGCCUUCCACUUCAAUCAGGAGUUUGGGAAACAGAUGUUCAUCAGCUGCAACAUCAGGGCCACUCUGAAGCAAAACUCACACAGCCACCUCGAUAAAGCCUGCUUCUUCCAUAGACCCACAUUCAGCUGGCGUGCCACAGAGGGAGACAAUGCUCUGUGUCGAUGCUGCGACUCUGAUGACUGCUUUAGAGAGACUGGAAAGGAAAAUAGUGGACAAACAACUCAAGCACAUACAGAAAACAAUCACAAGGCGGACACAUCAGUUGGACCACUUCUCACCCUGCCACGCUCCCAUUGGACAGGCCAUCUGUCAGUCAAUCACUAAAGACCCGUUUUCCAACUUUACAGUUAGGUGGGUACAGAGACUGUUGAGACCAAGCUCAAGGGAGUUAGGGGACACAAACAAUAAAGAAUCCAUCACAUAUUGUUUUUUCUUAUGAGUCAUGAAAUUUGAAAUUUGGAGGCUGUUUCUUGGCUCUAUUGAUUUAUACUUGGAGGCACCUACAAAACUCAUUUAAAGCUCCUACAUGUUGGAUUUAUUUUUUGAUUACUUUGAGCCCUGGAGACCUGCUGCUGUAGUAAUUUACAAUAGCCAUCACAAAAGCUCCUCCAUACACCACUGUUGACUACAGACAGAAAAUGUUGGCAGAAGACAUGAGUUUGCCAUAAUGCAGACGGAGUAUUAAACUCAAAUACAUGUAUGUAAGAUGGAGAAUUAUUUUUCUCUCUGGCAAUCUAUCAGUUGAAUAAUACUACCUCAGUUGGUUUCUUUAAACUUCAGUAAUUCCAAACACAAUAUCACGCUGAAAACUGCCUGAACUCUGUGUGUGUGUGUGUGUGCAUGUAGUUAACACUCCAAAACAAAAACUGGUCAGUCAGUCAUGCAUACGACCCUGGGAGGAACAAACACCACUACACUGACCAGUUUUCAAGGUUAUUUUUUUUUUUUUUUUUUAUACAUAAUACCACAAAAAUGAAUUUGUAAAUGAUGUACAUGUUCAGUCAGGGCUUUUGUCUAUUUUUGUUUAGUUGACUCAAUACUUAAAAUGUCUUUGAGAUGACAGAAAUCCUGUUCAUAAGUGUGUCUCAUCUGAGACAGACCAGGUAUUUUCAUUAUGACUGAAGAAUGGGCAGUUUUUCACUCAGCAAUGCAAAAUUGAUAGCCACAAAAACAAACCCAUGAGGAACAACAAACUACAAUGGGACCUAAAAUAUCUCGGAGCCAACAAGCGCACUAGUAUAAACAGACAUUUGAGUAAGAAUGGGACAGCUACGCAGCAAUGCACUGUAUGUGCUUUACAUCCCCUGCCUGCAAUAGAAACACUCGUCUGGUCCCGUGAGAGGAAAUGUGACCGACCAAAUGGGAAACCUGGUAGAUUUCAUGAGGCGGCGUCUUAUUCCAUGACAUCAGGACUACAUACCUCUCGAUCUGAAAAUAAGCCUCUGUGUUAAUGUAAUUAAAAAUUCCAUUUUAAAGAGGAUCUUUUCAAGACCUAGAAUAUGCUGACCUAUCUCUUGACCAAGAUGAGUUUUAUUUAAAAUGCUCCACAGAUCAGUAAAGAAUUUUGUGAAUGGAAUAGUUGAAAGUGAGAAGUUACAUCAACUUCUGUUUUGUUGUGCUUAGUCGUGUAGUGCUGUACUGUAAGCCUCUGGUUUGAACAGAUGUGACUCGUUACAUUUAGAAAUGGCAAAAAAGGAGGACUUUAGGAUGCAUUUGUUCUGUUUUACUGUGAUAUUACAGUUAUCUGAUAUAUUUGAUCCAGCAUGAAAUUGAUCUGUUUUAGACAACAGUGACUUUAUAUUUUAUUUUUAUUUUUUAAUCAAGGUUUUUGAUGCUCAACACUCAAAACAAUGUAAUAUAUUGCAUAUAAAAUAAGGUUAUUCAUCACAUUUCAAAUGGAGUUUUGGAACCAUUUUAGAUUAAUUGUGUGCAUCCAGUUUAAAGUGUUGGUUAUAAUCUGAAAGGCCUGGCAUAGAGUUCCUCAUGCAGAUAAAACCAGGUAUGCCAAUGUUAGCUUCAGCCAGCCAUAUUCAGUUUUAUAGUAUUCUGGCAGCUGUGCCUCCUAUGAGUGACCAAUGGAAAUGGUUAUGAAUAAACCCUUUAAUCAUAUUUAAAAGGCACUGAAUGACAUUAGUUACCCCUUUUACCCAGAUAUGUCAUUAGUGCUCUCCCGUGUUGUUGUAUCAAAUGUUUUGACUAAUGUGUUACUCCAGCAUGUGUGAUGCAAGUGUUGGUCUUGGCAUGGCACAUCAGAUAAUGUUUUGUUUGAUGUCUCCUUUAGUUGGAGCCUCUCAGCACAGAAAGGGAAACAUUACAACACUAAAGUCCCUCCUAGAUUGUUGCAGUCGAUUAUUAAUGCCACAAGCCACUUUUGCUAAUGGCCUUAGCUGGUUUACCAUCCUUCAUAAACUGCUCCAGUGUGCAAAAUAUAAUGCCAUGACAGUGCUACAAUGAUGGAAUCAACAUACAUGCCAUUUUAACAUCACUGAGCUGGAAACUUCAGAUUUUGGCUGGUUGACUUAAUGCUUAGGAUGCAAACACAGCUCUGACUUUUACCAACAUAGGGUCAGAAUGGUUUGCAAACUCUAGUGCAGUAGUCCAGAAUAACCCUGGGUUUAUCACCAUUUUGGGGGGUUCAGAAAAGGCCACCGACUACUACUUUACCAACAGAUGUGUUCUAAAUGUAUCUGCAAAACAUUAACUGACAAGGUAUUUCAUUAGUUUUCCCUAUAAAAUCCUGUCU